AAUCCGAACGGUUCAGUCAUACGUCAAGCUUCUCCGAGUAACAAGUGUACCCAAAAACCCUACCUAAUCUUAAGCCCCCAGUUAAAUGGCUUCGAUAAAUGUGAUACCAAUUCUGAUAUACGCGCUAUGCAGCAGCUCGCUUGGUUUUGCCAUCGACACCAAUUAUCUUUUCAAUUCGGCUCGAUUCCCAGAGGCUCCCGGAGUGCCAACGCUUUCGAACGGAAAUCUCGGAUUCACCGUAUUCAGUGACAGCGUCUACCUGACCGGAGUUUACAACGGGCGUGGUUCCCAAAGUCACCGUGCCCGUGUUCCAAACUAUGCCAAUAUACAACUGGAAACAUGUAGCCAUCCGGAAACAAAUCCACCCUUCUGUUCCUACCAGCUGGACAUAAGAUUCGGCCGCUUCCGAACGGUUUACGAUGAUCCCAAUGGACAACUUCGACUCACCCACACCGUUUACCCACAUCGGAACUUCAAUCACGUUAUUGUCAACCAUGUUCGGAUUCAACGGCUUAACGGUCGAGGCACGUUGUUUGCAUAUGUUCGACGAACUACAGGAUCGCCUUCUGCUGAUAUAACGUUCGACCCAGCUCAACAAGUGGAAAUCCGUGACCAGAUAUUCACGUUUCAAUGUGGCCUUACUAAUGAGAUCGAAGACACGGUGCUCCAAACUGAGAGUACUACAGUGUGUGUAUACUACAGUGAAAUACCAACGACCCUAGUGUUAUCGGAAGAUCGUACCGCUGAAGAGUUUAGUUUCUACACAGUGUUCGCCCGGAGUAGAAGGGCGGCUGAAAAUGAACUAAAUUUGAUAACGUUGAGCACUGCAGCUGUUAUAGAUCGAGUUCAGGAAACACACAUGAACGACCUGUGGAGUCAGUACGGGAUCACUGUAAACGGAAACAGUGAACUAGAUCGGGCCAUCAAAGCUAGCGCAUUUCAACUGUUCAGCAAUGUCCCGUCCUUGUUCAACUUGAAUUCGUUUCAAACUUUCGGAGUAUCGCCUUCGGGAGUUGGACGAAAUGAUUUCCAGGGACACGUUAUGUGGGAUUUCGAUAUGUGGAUAUUUCCAGUAAUCCUGCUAACAGACCCAAUCGUUGCUCGAGAAAUGCUGACUUACAGGACAAGAAUCAUUCGAAGAGCCGUUCAAAGUAAUGCAGCGUCGAACAACAUUGGAGGUUGGCAAUAUCCUUGGGCGUCUGCCUUCACUGGUAGAGAGGUUACAUCGACUCCUGGAGCGGCUGAAUUACAGCAUCACAUCACAGCAGAUAUCGCCUUUGCCAUCAGAUUGUACUUGUAUGCUACAGACAAUUUGUCCUGGAUGGUCACAGAUGGAUGUGAGUUGGCUUUCAACACUGCUCGAUUUUGGAUGCGCCGAGCCGUUUAUAACUCCGCCACGGAUAAGUAUGACAUUCCUACGGUAACCGGUCCAGACACCAUGAACCCCAACGUGCUAAACAACGUAUUCACCAACGUCAUGGCUGCUCACAACCUGUUUCUCGGCGAAUAUGCUGGAUGUGUAUGCGAAUCCUUCAUAAACCUCAAAAACGAAGAUUUGAACGAAAUGAUUCGUACAGCAAGAGGUUUGCGCUUGUUGCACGAGUCUAACGGAGACUUCAAUCCACAAUUCGAAGGUUAUGUAGUAGGACGACAAAUCGCUCAAGCCGAUGCCGUACUCUUAGCGUAUCCUCUUGAUCUCGAAAUGGAACAAUCGACGAAGCGAAAUAAUCUGAACAUCUAUGGUCCAGUCACUUCAGCUAGCAGUUCAGCAAUGACCUGGUCGAUGCACACGAUUGGAUGGCUCGAACUAGACGAGCUGACCUUAGCUGCGGACAAUCUUCGCCGAAGCUAUCAGCCAUAUCUACGUUCGCCGUUCAACGUGUGGAACCAAGGUCCUGUCGAAUUCCCAGGAGCACCCAAUUAUGUCUCCGGUGCCGCCAGCUUUUUGCACACAAUGAUAAACGGCUACGGCGGGAUCCGACUGCGUGACGGUGAGAUGGUCAUCAGACCGAGGCUACCUCCUGGAACUACGCGCCUUAGCAUUCCGACAAUCAACUUCAACAGAUUCCGGUUCUCAUUGGAGGUACAGCAGGAUGGAUCAUUUACGAUCAGGCAGCAAGCUAUACCAACUAUGCCCACGAUACAAAUAAUCAUCGAUGGAGUGUCGCAUGAACCGUGUGGCAUCAACACAGCAUGUGCUUUCCACGGUAUCAACUCGGCUACCUUGAAACUGGUGGGAGCCAACGCAAACUGCCAACUUAAACCAACUGAGCUGAACAUUAGGCUUGCCGAUCAGAAUCAUGCAGUUGUUACCUCUGUGAGCCCAAUCAUUUUUGCUACCAUUUUGAUUGCGUCGGUAUUGAAUAAAUUUAUAUAAUUGAGCAACUUUAA